AUGGCAAGAUCUGGAGGCGAUUUUCAAGACCUGUAUCAGCAAAUUUUGCGACAGAAUAAGGAGAUGGCGGAGCAAAACGCUCGGAUGAUGCAGAUUAUGGAACGUUUCGGCAUUCAAGAAAACGCUUCAACGCGGUCAUCGAGCAGUCCGGAAUUCAUCAUCGAAUCUCUGGCAUCCAACAUCCGGGAAUUCGUCUAUGAUCCAGAAAACGGUCUCGUUUUCGACCGGUGGUACCGGAAGUACGAAGAUCUCUUCCUCAAGGACGGGGCGAAGUUGGACGAUGCAGCAAAAGUCCGGUUGCUACUAAGAAGCCUUAGUGUGACUGUGCAUGAUAAGUAUGUCAACUUCGUGCUUCCAAAGCACCCCCGUGAAUUUUCAUUCGAAGAAACGGUGAACAAAUUGAAAGAGCUGUUCAGCGUUCGCGUCUCACUGUUUAGCAAACGGUACCUGUGUUUUCAACUGAGCAAAAACGACGCUGACGAUUUUGUAACGUACGCAGGUAUAACCAACAAAUACUGUGAAGAUUUCGAGCUGAACAAGAUUACGGCCGAUCAGUUCAAAAGCCUGAUUUUUAUUUGCGGGUUACGCUCUCCAAAGGAUGUCGACAUUCGGACAAGACUUCUAUCCAAGUUGGAAAACAAUGCAGAAGGGGAGUGUAAUCUUGAAUCACUCAUCGCAGAAUGCCAACGUCUUCAAAACCUGAAACAUGAUGUAGCUAUCGUGGAACAGAAGAAACCGAUAAGUUCAAUUUGUUCAGUCAAGCAAAACAAACCACCAUCGAUUAAAUCACGUUCAAAGGAAAGCAUGAAGUCAAAGACUGAAGGUCCUAAAACACCCUGUUGGCAGUGUGGCGGAAUGCAUUACGUCCGAGACUGCACAUACACGAAGCAUGUCUGUCGGAACUGUAAGCAAACUGGACACAAAGAGGGUUAUUGUGGCUGUUAUACGACGAAAGCGGCGUCAAAGGGGAAGAAAGUAAAUGGUAUUUACUCUAUAAACCAAGUUAGCUAUCCUUCGAGACGAAAGUUCCUGACAAUCGACAUCGAUGGAUCUUCAAUCACGCUACAGUUGGACACUGCUUCCGACAUUUCAAUCAUCUCACAGAAGCAGUGGAAGAAAAUGGGUUCACCUUUACUGACUCCUACUACUCAAACUGCUAGGACAGCGUCAGGUAAGCCGUUUCGUCUACUUGGUGAACUCCGAUGCACAGUUACUCUUGGAGAUAUCACCAAAACUGCAGUUUUAUAUGUGACGACCAGUUGCAUAAAUUUGUUCGGGCUGGAUUGGAUCGAGUUGUUCGGAUUAUGGGACACCGCACUAUCUGCAAUUUGUAACCAAGUUUAUGCUGGUGCUCAUCAAGCUAAUUACAUAGAACAGUACAAAGCCAAGUUUCCAGAUGUGUUUAAGCCUAGCCUUGGACACUGUAAGAAGAUGAAGGUUCACCUAUAUCUCAAGCCAGAUGCCAGACCUGUCUUCAAACCAAAGCGUCCAGUUCCAUUUACAUCCAUAGAGAAGAUUGAUGCUGAAUUGGAUCGUUUGCAAGAAUUGGGUAUCAUUACGCCAGUGGAUUUUUCGCAAUGGGCUGCACCAAUCGUAGCAGUUAAAAAGCCAGGAGGAAAAGUGCGCAUUUGUGCGGAUUACUCAACUGGACUUAAUGCUGUUUUGGAACCCAAUCAUUAUCCGUUACCAGUACCAGAUGAUAUAUUCAGCAAGCUUAACGGAUGCCGGUAUUUUAGCAUUAUCGACCUGAGCGAUGCUUAUCUUCAGGUUGAAGUUGACGACGACUCGAAGCAGCUACUAACGAUUAACACGCAUCGAGGACUCUUCCGGUUUAAUCGACUUGCGCCGGGCGUAAAAUCUGCCCCCGGAGCUUUCCAGCAAUUGAUGAACAGCAUGGUUGCUGGACUUAAAGGAGUGGACUCGUUCUUGGACGACAUUUUGGUGUAUAGCAGAACUGAAAAGGAGCAUCACGAAUUUCUUCACGCUCUGUUUCAACGUCUCCAGUCAUACGGUUUCAUUUUGAAGGAAGAAAAGUGCAAACUUCUUCAGCCGCAGAUCAAAUACCUUGGACAUAUUGUAGAUGCCAAAGGACUCCGUCCUGAUCCGGUCAAGAUUGAAUCUAUCAUCAAAAUGCCGCCUCCGCAUGACAUUACAAGUCUACGUUCAUUUCUUGGUGCGGUAAAUUUUUAUGCAAAAUUUGUCCAGGAAAUGCAUCAGUUGCGACGGCCACUUGACGCGCUGCUCAAGAAAGACACCAAAUUUAAUUGGAAUAGUGAGUGCCAACAAUCAUUCCAGCGGUUCAAAGAGGUUCUUCAGUCGGAUUUAUUGCUUACGCAUUAUGAUCCUGCUCUACCCAUCAUCGUUGAUGCCGAUGCAUCGCAGUCUGGAAUUGGCGCAUGUCUGAUGCAUCAGUUUCCCGAUGGUACUCUGAAAGCUGUUGCACACGCGUCUCGCUCUCUCACUUCCGCAGAGGCAAAUUAUGGUCAGAUCGAAAAGGAAGGUCUUGCAUUGGUGUUUUCCGUAACGAAAUUCCAUCGCAUGCUGCUAGGUCGCAAGUUCACGCUCCAGACAGAUCACCAGCCACUAUUGCGAAUUUUUGGACUGAAGAAAGGAAUUCCUGUUCACACGGCAAACCGGCUUCAACGUUGGGCACUGACACUCAUGUGCUAUAAUUUCGAUAUUGAAUACGUAUCCACAACUCAAUUCGGAUAUGUCGACGUACUAUCUCGAUUGAUCGACAGCAACGUCAAACCAGAUGAGGAUUUUAUCAUUGCUUCUAUACAAACGGAGGACGACGUUGAGGUGCCACUUCAAGAAGCCAUCAGCACACUACCGGUAACAUUCAAAUCGGUGCGUAGUGCUACUCUCCAGUGCCAAGUACUCCAGCAAGUGGUGCAGCAUAUACAUCUUGGAUGGCCUUCUAAGCUCGACAGCAUUGUCAACGCUGCAGUACGACCGUUUUUCGUUCAUCGAGAUGCAUUGUCGGUUGUAAAGGAUUGUGUUAUGAUGUCUAACCGUUUAGUAGUUCCAGAAAAUUUACGUAAGCGAAUUAUGAAGCAACUUCAUCGAGGACAUCCGGGGAUGGAGAGGAUGAAAGCUGUUGCACGUAGCCAUGUGUACUGGCCAGGAAUCGAUGAUAAUAUUGCUGACUUCGUAAAAAGGUGUGAUAAUUGCAUUACUCAUUCGAAGACGCCAACAAAAGUGCCACUGCAAUCAUGGCCACUUGCGCAAUCUCCAUGGGAACGUAUCCACAUUGACUUCGCUGGCCCAAUAAACGGAUUACACUUUCUAGUGGUUGUGGACGCCUUUUCAAAAUGGCCAGAAAUACGCAUCGUACGAUCCCCAACAACGGCUGCAGUAACUGAGUUUCUGAGUGAAUUAUUUGCACGGUUUGGCAUUCCAAAUGUUAUAGUUUCCGACAAUGGUACACAGUUCACAUCGGAACAGUUUGCGAUACUAUGCAAGAAGAAUGGUAUUCAGCAUUUUCGAAUUUCGCCUUAUCACCCGCAGUCAAACGGACAAGCCGAAAAAUUCGUAGACACCUUGAAGAGGUCAUUGCGUAAAAUCAACGAAGGGGAAGCUAUCUGUGAAACGCUCCAGACAUUCCUCCAAGUAUAUAGGACUACACCUAGUCGUGUUCUUAAUGGCAAGACACCGUCACAGCAGAUGCUUGGUCGUAACAUGAAGACAAUCCUUGAUCUUCUACAUUACAAUCAACCGAAACCGGUAGUUUUGAACUACAGUCAGAACGAGCAAUUCAAUCUGAAGCACGGCGCACUUCCACGUGAUUUCAAAAGUGGAGACAAGGUCUACGCUAAAGUCUACAGCAGCAAUAAUAAAUGGCAAUGGGUUUCCGGCGUUAUCAUUGAAAACAUCGGACGUGUCAACCACAAUGUGCUGCUUGACGAGUAUCACGGACGCAAGAAGCUUAUUAGGUCGCAUACCAACCAACUUAAGCAUCGUUGUAAUGAGACAACAGCUGACGCUAAAAGUUCGAUGUCCCUAGGUAUUCUGGUAGAUAUGUUCGGCCUAAACAAUUCAACCAGCGGUAGCGUACCGCAUUCCACGAGACGUUCAUUCCAGAUCGAGGAGGAAAUAGUUCCCGUUGCGUCAACUUCCGAAUGUCAAGCCGAGGUUCAACAACAGCCUGAGGUAGCGGUAGAAGGACCGAGUGACCUGUAUACAACCUCAAGUCCACAGACCAUCGCAGUAUCGGAUUUAGACGUCGGUUCCAGUCAAAACUCGAAAGCGAACAGCUUACAGAUGAUUCCAUUACUGAGUCUCCACCUGUUCGACCCCAGAGAACAAUCAGGAUGCCGUCUAGACUUGAGCCUUACCUGUUCUGGAAAUAAGAAGGGUGGAAAUGUUACCUUGUUGUUUAAUUUGCAAAACUUCGUUUCACAAGAUUGCAGUAGACCGAGUACCCAAAUGAAGAAUAGAUUUUCAUCAUUCAUAUUUUAG